CCGCCUCGCGAACAUGGCUGCUCCUUUGACUCUGCUGCUGAUCGUGGCUGUGACGGUUCGAGCGGUUCUGUUCAGGUCUUGUCUCGCGGACCUGAUCUCUGAGAGAGUGGAGGUGGUUUCCCCGCUGACUGCGUGGAAAAGAGUGAUUGAAGGUUUGGCUCUGCUGGAUUUAGGAGUUUCUCCCUACUCUGGCGAUGUAUUCCACGAGACGCCACUCAUCAUCUACUUGUUCCACUUCCUGGUGGACUACGCAGAGAUCACCUUCAUUCUGGCAGACGUGAUCACGGCAGUGGCUCUUUACUUGGCUAUGCAGGACUACAACAAACAAGUGUUCAGGAAACAGAAAUAUGCCCUGGAGGCCGACCGUUACCCCCCAGACUGUCACGAGCUGGUCCGCAGCCCAGCUGAGAUGUUCUACAUCCCUGUGAAGGUGGCCAUGUUCUACCUUUUGAACCCGUUCACCAUCCUAUCCUGUGUGGCCAAGUCGACCUGCGGUCUGAACAACUCGGUUAUCGCUCUCUUCAUCCUUGCCACCAUUAAAGGGAACAUGCUGCUGAGUGCCAUCUUCCUCUCACUGGCCACAUACCAGUCCAUCUACCCUCUGACGCUGGUGGCUCCGGCGCUGCUCUACCUGCUGCAGCGUCAGUACAUCCCCGUCAACUUUCGGCGGGUCAGCUUCUGGUGGUUCCUGGUCCAGUACUUCUUCAUGUACCUGGGCAGCUUGUUUGUCAUCGUGGGCCUGUCCUUCUUUCUGCUGGGUUCAUGGGACUACCUCUCCUCUGUUUAUGGAUUCAUCCUCUCAGUGCCAGACUUGACCCCCAACAUCGGCCUCUUCUGGUAUUUCUUCGCGGAGAUGUUCGAGCAUUUCCGACUUUUCUUCCUCUGCGUGUUCCAGAUCAACGUCUUCUUCUAUACCAUCCCGCUGUCAAUCAAGCUUAAGGAGCACCCCGUCUUCCUGCUCUUCAUGCAGCUGGCUGUGAUAUCCAUCUUCAAAUCGUACCCCACGGUGGGAGACAUCGCCCUCUACCUGUCUUUCCUGCCUGUAUGGAGUCACCUGCACAGAUUCCUGAGGAACAUCUUCCUUGUGUCGUGCGUGCUCUUGGCGUGCGCCGCUCUCUUCCCGGUCCUCUGGCACCUCUGGAUCUACGCCGGCAGCGCCAACUCCAACUUCUAUUACGCCAUCACACUGCUCUUCAACGUCGCUCAGAUCCUGCUGGUGUCUGACUAUUUCUACGCCUUCCUGCGGCGUGAGCACCACCUGACCUAUGGUCUGUACCUGAAGAGGAAGGAUGGCUCUGAGGCAACGCUGAUCCUCAAGUGAGACACUGAGAACCGGCAAAACCUGCCGAGGACGAUGGACACUUCCUCAUCGCCGGGCAAACCUGUGGAGCCCAGGAGGCUCUUAUUUUGAAGUUCAACAUGAGGCCAACAGUGGGCGCUUUUACUGUCAAGGCCCGUGUUUUGUUCUUAAACUCGUCAACAUCAAAAAUAUCUUUUUGUUUUCACUCAACUGGCACGUCAUCAAGCUUGUGUCGCUUGCAGCAUUGUCUGACCACAUGUGGUCAGUGGACGUCCAGGGAGAUGUUUAUGAACAGACUACAGAGCAACUGGACCAGACCCACAGUUCUGCUGGGAGGCCCAAAAAGACAUGACUCACUGAAACAUCACGGAUGCGGGUUAAAUAUUAUCACACCAAUCGCACUCCUGUUUGAAGCGUGUCGCUCAGUGUCCUCCUAUUGAAGCAGUGUUUCACACACACACACUCAGCAUCUCCCAGGAAGAACUGAAGUAACCAGGGACUCUAUUGUCGUUUGAACAUUUUUUUUGUUUGUUUUAUUUAUUUGCUACAUAUUUUGUGUUUGUUUUUCACUACGUUGCCUUUUAUACUGUUGGUAUGAUCAUGUUUGUCAAGGAGAGGUUGUUGACUGAGUGUGGGAUAAAUUAAAGAUGCAAGUAACAGUCUGUCGAUUGAACGUUUACAUGUGUCACGCCUGAGAUUCUGGAAACUUCAAUAAA